AUGGAGCCGGUCAAAGCUGCUGAGUGUGAAGACAAGGAAGUUUGCAAACCGUUAAAAGAGUGUGAACGUGAAAUGGAAUUUUUUAAAAAACGUGAAUUUGCAAAGCUCAGAGUUUGUGGAAUUUUUGAUCAAACUAUGAGUCAUUGUUGUCAAAUACAAUCAACUGAUCGAUUCCUUGAAGAUUCCACAAGCUUAGUUACUGAAGCUGUAUCGGAAAUCGAAACUCAUAAAAACUUUCAUUUGAUUAACGAAGCAUCUUGUGGUGCACAAACCAACUAUCGAAUUAUUGGAGGAAGGAAAGCAAGAAUUCACGAAUUUCCUUGGCUCGUUUUACUCGCAUAUCGUCAUGACGAUAUCGUUUCGUUUUCGUGUGGUGGAACUUUGAUAUCCAAAAGAUAUGUUUUGACAGCUGCGCAUUGUGUUAAUCAAAGAGACUACAAUUUAUUUUCUGUAAGAAUCGGAGAACAUACAAUUUCCAAAGAUAUUGAUUGUAAUAAUUACAAGGACAACAGCACAUGCAGUGAUCUUCCAGUUGAAGAUAUUGAAAUUGAGUCAAUAAUUUCACAUAAAGACUUUAACAAUGAAAACAUGAUUAACGACAUUGCUUUGAUUCGAUUAUCUCGUGAUGUUGAAUUAUCGAAGAAACGAAUAAAUGUGAGAACAAUUUGUCUGCCCGUAGAAGAAUCACAACAAAUUGACAACAUUCAUGAUGAAUUUCUAAAUCUUACAAUUGCCGGUUGGGGAUUAACUGAAAAUGACAGAAAACAAAGCGAUGUGUUAAUCAAAGCUAAAGUUCCUUACUUAUCAAAUCCUUCGUGUAUUAAGAUUUACGAUAUUAAGAAAAGAAAUUACAGCACAUUGAAAAUAGAAAUUAAAGACUCUCAUAUGUGUGCAGGUGGAAUUGAAAGAGUCGACACUUGUAGAGGUGACAGUGGAUCGGCUUUAAUGGGAGUUGCAGACCUGGGAAAUUUUUCAAGAAUUUUUCAACAUGGAAUUGUGUCAAUGGGCGUUAAAUGUAGUCAAGUUGAACCUUUUCCAGGAAUUUAUACGAGAGUUUCUAAGUUUAUUACAUGGAUUCUUGAUAAUAUGACGCCUUGA